AUGUUUAAUACAAAUUGGCCUUUAAAUCAUAAUACAUCAACAUCAAAUGUUGAUUGGAGUGCUUUAGCGGAUAGUUGGAUGCAACAAAGAGAACAACAAGCUCAAUGGCAACAAGCACCUCUACCACCUCCACCGCCGCCGCCACCACCACCACCUCAAUUUCUACUUAAUGCACCACCUAUUCCACCUCCUGGUCCACCACCCAUUGGAAUGACAUUUCCACCAUUACCGCCAACACAACUUGGCAUUGUUUCACACCAUCACCAGCUACAGGUUGGUUCAAAUACCACUCAGGAAAGUUUAACGAUGACAAAUAUUGAAAAUUCACCUUGGAGACAACCAUUACCGCCACCACCACCACCACCUCCAAUUAUGAUGCCAAGUGGACCUCAAUGGAGACCUAAUAUGACAAAUAAUCAAUCGUUAUUUCCUAUUCAACCAGAUAUGGCUUCAUCUUUUGGUGGUCAUAAGUUUUGGCCAUCAAACAAUACUACUCAACAAGCAGUACCACCACCACCUCCGGUACCUCCUCCAGUUCCACCACCUGUGCCACCUCAACAAUCAUCAAUGUCAGCUCAAUUUCCUACACCAUCAUUUCAACAUCCUCCUAUUGAUAAACGAAUGAUGAAUACAAAUUUUAAUACAUCUAUACCAUCAUUAAUGGAUCUACCAUCUUCUUAUGGACAAAAACCCGUACCUCCACCAAUGCCAGUUCCUCCUGUCCCUAUAUUACCUCUUGUUGAACCACCCGUAUCAACAAUGAUCAAUAUUCCAAGUGGUAGUAAUGUGAAUGCAAAGCGACGAAAAAUUCCCGCUUGGCUUCGAGAUGAAUUAGGUAGAAUCGAAAAAGAAAAAGAAAAAAAAAUGCAAAAUACAAGUAGUAAUGAUAAUAGUCAUUUAUUAAAUGAUUCUUCUUCUAAAUUUGAUGAUGAUGAUGAUGAUGAUGAAGAAGAUGAUGAAAAUGAGACGAAUACCAAUGAAAAAUUCCACGAAUCAACAACAAGAUUCAAUGAUGAUGAUGACGACGACAACGACAACGACAAUAUUGAUGAAGAAAUUGAACAAAAUGAAGAUGAAGAACCAAAUUCAAUAUUGAUUUCUUCAACACCAAUUGUCACUCGACGGAGCCGCUUUGAUGAUGACAAAUCGACUGAACAACAGCUAAAUGUAAGUGCAAUUCCGAGACGAACACAUUCACCAUCAUCACCAUCGAAUUCGACGACGACGACGACAUUCAUCGAAGAUGAUCAAAUAGAUAAAGAAGAACAAUUUAUGAUUAAAUUACGUCGUACAUUGACAGAAUUGUUACUUGAAGUAACAAAUGAAGAAUUAGCAUCUAUUGCUAAAGAAAUUUAUUUAAAUUGUAAAGCUGAAUUAUCAACACCUGUUAUUCGAAAAGCUUCAGGACUUUCAAGCUUUUCUGGAUCUGAUUCUGAUGAUGAUGAUGAUGAUAAUACAGAAAUUCAAUCGACUAUAGAUAUAACUGUAAUGAAGAAAUCACCUAUUCGAACAUCAAUAAAACAAGAUAAUGUUUCAAUUAAUUUAACAAAAUCUACAAAUAAAAAUGUUGAUGAUGAUAAUAAAUCAAAUAAAAGUAAAGACAAAAAAUCUACUAGAGAUAGAAGUCCAGUAUUAUCAUCAUCUUCAUCACAUGAUCAUAAAAAUAAAAAACAUCAUCAUCAUCAUAAAAAACAUCGUCGUCGUUCAUCAUCAUCAUCAAAUUCAUCUCAAUCACGUUCACAAAAAAAGAAAAAAUCUUCUAAUUAUGAUCAAUAUUCUGAAUAUACGAAAUCAACAAAAAAAUAUGAUGAUCGACGACGAAAACAUUAA